GAAAGUGUUACAACUCAAAGCCAGCCACGUGGAAUAUUUACAUAUCUUUUUUUUUUUUUUUAAAUCUCUUGUUUGACGUAAUCGUUGUUUUCCCGGAUAUCGAUGCUUGGUACUUUCUAGGAAAACACAAUAAUGCCAUGGCCGGUUUCCUGUUGUUCUAUGUUGUAGGGUUAAUUAAGCAAAUAACCAAAUAAGGCAAGGUGUCAAAGAAAUCGUGACUUAUCGUAAUAUUAAUUUUGCUUAGCGAAGCAUUUUCACUUUUUAUCUUCGGCUGAGAAUAUUCCACCGUCGAAGAAAGUUUUUAUUUUUUGGUGAAGGAAUUAUCAGUGAAACCAUGGAAAAGGCUUCCGAAAGCAAAACAGGUGGAGAAACCGUUGAGAAUUUUUCAGCUCGGCCGUACCAAGUGGAGCUUCUGGAGCGGGCGAAGGAAAGGAACACCAUCGUAUGUCUGGGCACGGGAACUGGCAAAACGUUUAUAAGUGUCAUGCUCAUAAAAGAACUCGCUCAUGAAGUAAGAGGAAACUAUAAAGACGGCGGGCGAAGAACUUUCUUCCUUGUAAAUACAGUUCCACUAGCCAGCCAACAGGCAAAAGCAAUUGCAAAACAUACUGACUUGAAAGUCAGGCAUUAUGUUGGAGAGAUGGGAGUAGAUUUCUGGAAGAAGCCCACUUGGGAAAAUGAGUUCAAUACAUUCAACGUUCUGGUCAUGACAUAUCAAAUAUUCCUCAACCUGCUGUCACAUAGCUUCAUACUUCUUUCACAAGUGAAUCUCUUGAUCUUUGAUGAAUGCCACCACGCCACGAAGAAUCAUCCUUACAGACAGAUAAUGCAGUGCUUCAGCAAUUGCCCACAGCGCCCAUUACCCAAAGUUAUGGGUUUAACUGCCUCGAUAAUAAAUGGAAAAGUAAAACCUUAUAAAAUUGAAUCGGAGAUCCAAGCGCUGGAACGCACAUUAAGAUCUACAUGCGAAACAAGUCAAGAUGAUGAUGUUGAAAAAUAUGCUGCUAAACCCAAAGAACUGGUCCUUGUUUACCCAAGCCAGAGCACUGAUGAAAAUGUGAACAUUUUGAUCAAGAAACUGUCAGAUGUCUUAACACAAGGAAUUGAUCUUCUUUGCAACCCUCGGGUGUCCAGCUGUGAUGAACAUGCGCACCGGAAUGCUAAGUUGGCCUUGAUGGAAUGUAAGGAGACAUUGGAUGAAUUGGGCCCUUGGGCUGCAUUUAAAGUGGCGGAAUACUUAAUCGAGGAUCUAGACAGAGCAUGUGAGUGUAGUGCCAACCAGCUGCGUCAACUGCGAAGAACUUACUGUAAUUUUACUGAAAAUGAUGGGUCUGAGGACAGUGAACAUUGCUACUUCAUGCCUAAACUUGAAAAACUUCUGAGUGUUUUCAGGGAGUUUGCUAACUCACAGCAUGAAGCAUCUGAAGAGGACAAGACCCUCUGUGCCAUUGUGUUUGUUGAAAGACGAUACACAGCAAUGAUCCUCAGUAAACAGCUUAACAUGGCUGCCAAACUAGAUCAGGAGCUCUCAUUCAUCAAAAGUAACUUUGUGAUUGGUCAUGGCACAGGUGCAAAGGUUAACUACUCCAGUAAUGCAGAGAUGAAUUUUAAGAAACAGGAGGAAGUGCUGCGCAAGUUCCGAAAUGACAAGAAAAGACAUGAAUUCAAUGUGCUGAUAGCCACCUCUGUUGUUGAGGAGGGAUUAGAUAUUCCCAAGUGCAAUGUUGUCUGCAGGUUUGAUUUCCCAAAGAAUUACCGCUCCUAUGUACAGUCAAAGGGCAGAGCUCGUGCCAAGGGUUCCAAGUACUACAUGCUGGUGGAUGAAAAAGAGCAAGUGGAAAAAGAGAAUGAAUUGGAGAUGUUGCGUGCAAUUGAGGAAAUCUUGUUGGAAAGAUGCCAUGAUCGAUUGGAGCCAUCAGUGGAGGAGUGUAAUGAAUCAGUAGACACAGAUUUCUUGCUGCCGUACAUACCAGUAAAUGGCAAGGGAGCUAGAGUAACUAUGAGCAGUAGUGUUUCUCUACUUUCAAAGUACUGUUCAAAGCUUCCAGGAGACCAGUUUACUCGGCCCAAGCCAGUUUACAAGGUCAAAGAAAUUGGGAAAGAUGGUUACAAGUGUAAACUAACACUUCCAAGAAACUGUCCAAUACAUGAAGAUAUAAUAGGUGAACCAAUGCCAAGUAAGAGCCAAGCCAAGAUGGUCGCUGCGCUCAGAGCCUGUGAGCUGCUUCACAAGAUUGGUGAACUUGAUGAUGACCUGUUACCAAAGCAGACUUUAUCUGACGAGGAAAGUGGUCUGGAAGAAGAAGAAGCAGCAGCUGAGUUUGGCGGAAAGAAACCAAAAGCUGGAACAAAGAAGAGAAGACGACAGUAUAUGAGAAAGGUUCCUGAAGUAUUUGUCAGCAGCUUGGUACAGGAUGGUCAGCCCCAGUUCCUCACGACCAUCACCAUACAAGUCACUAAACUUACUCAGCCACAAGAGUUUGUCGUUAGUAAGCCACUGUUCCUCGAUAAAACUUGCACGUUUGGAAUGCUGACAACGAAAAGAGUUCCUUGGAUACGAUCGUUCAAACUGUAUCCUAACUAUGGCGAAGUCACGGUAUCCUUGCAGUGUCACAGAUCUUCUUUGCGUGUAAACAUCACUAAACAAGAGUUGGACAUUCUUCGCAAGUUUCAUCUCUUUCUCUUCAGUCACGUUCUACGCUCUCCUGUGGAAUUCACACCAGGAAGUGUGGAUGGUUACUUCAUUGUUAUGUUGAAGGCUUCAGGAAGGAGUAUUGACUUUGAUUGCAUGAGAGAAGAACUUUCGCGUGCACCCAAACAAAGCCGUGGAAAUCAGCCCAUCGUCGUAGACUCAGCGGUGACAAAAAACUACGUUGAAUCUCCCCAAAAGUACGCUGUUUUGAAUGUUCGUGGCGAUUUGACUCCGAUGUCUCCGUUCCCAGAAAAGUCGCAGGGCAACACUUAUGAAGAAUAUUUUCGCCUUAAUUACGGAGAAAGGGGAUGCAUUGCGAACAAGCAUCAACCUCUUGUUGAAGUGAAAGAGCUCUCCGGUAGAGUGAAUUUUCUUGUGGACCAAAAACGAGGAACAAAAAACAAGCGAGAUGUGAUUUGUCUUGUUCCAGAGUUGUGUGACCAGAUUCCCAUUCGCGCUUCCCUUCUCAGCGUGUCUCAGAUUCUACCAUCUAUUCUUCAGCGUGUCACCUCCCUCCUUCUCGUUGACGAUCUCAAGGCCAUGGUUACUGGUGUACGCAACACAACAGAUGAAUCAACCCUUCCUCCCAUUGGAGCUGAAGAGGGCUCAAGAGAAGCGCCCAUGAAGGUUGAAGACGAUACUUGGGACCCUGAAAAAGAUGAUGCACUUUUCCCCGGCAUCAGGUCGAUGUUCCCUCACAGUCCACCAUCUGCUAACCACCCCGACUCCUUUCUCGUUCUUCAAGCUAUUACCACCACCCACAGCGGAGAUGCAUUUAAUCUGGAGAGGCUGGAGAUGCUAGGGGACUCAUUUCUGAAGCUGGCCGUGUCUAUUCAUCUCUUCUGCACAUACAGCGAUAAAGACGAAGGCAAGCUGACCCGACGUAGGACAAACCAGGUUAGUAAUUUAGCGUUGUACCGAGCAGCGGCCAAGAAAUCUCUGGGCGAGUAUCUCCAGAACACGCAGUUGGCUCGCGAGGUUUGGUGUCCUACGGGAUGUCAGUUUGGCGACGUACCACCGAAUCGCACCACA